ACGUGGAUGUAUUAUAGCGCCCUCAAUAAACAUUGAACGAUUUCGCGCCAAUUCAAAAUGGCUGCGCUUUCGACUGAAAUGAUGAUUUGUUUCUGUCGCUGUUGAAGAAAACGGUAGGAUGACACAGUUUGAUUUUGUUGCAGUCAACGUAUAUGCCAGUCGAAUAUCGUAGCUAAUGACAGGACGAAGUAAAGAAUAUUUGCUAUAAUAGUCUUAAUCACCCCAACGGCCAAUCAUGGCUAACUUUGUGGGUAUCCACGAGACGCUGUGUACGGUGGGAGGAAGUGUCAAGUACACCAGUAUUGAGACCGGCCAGACUAGUUGGAAGACAGGCAACCUAGUAUUAGCCACUACGCCAACGGGACAGGUGGUCUGCUUGGUCAAUUUCAAAAUUGGCCCCUCCAAAAAAUUUGUGGUGACCAAUCAGAUUAGAGGAGUGAUUUUCAAUCAAAAUGUACCCCGAUGCAGCAUCAGUCUUGCCAAUGGGGCCAACAUUAGUUGGACCACCAAAGUCAACGGAAAAAUCAUUCAUGUUAACCCCCCUGGCGAUGUUGCUCGCUUCGCUGACGUGCUGAACGACUUGCGCGAAGAACGGAAGAGAGAUAGAAGGCCUAACACAUCAGCACAACUGAGCCUCAGUUCACCACAACCCAACGCAUACACCCCACUCAAGCAAAGUCCAGGAUUAAGGAACUCACAAGUCAACCACCAGGGAAAUACAACUCCUCAAUCCCGAGCCCCUCCAGCUGUCCCCCGAACCUCCACGCCAUUCACGCCCCAAAAACCCUCCACCCCUAAGCCUACUACGGGCAGAAUUUCCCCCAAUCCCAUGUUUACCCCCAGCCACAUCAGAGCAGCCCAGGGACUGGUCAAGACGGAACCGAACCGAGCAGCCCAGGGGCUGGUCAAGACGGAACCGAACCGGAACCGCGAGAAUCAAGGGGAGGAAAGCCCUGGAAGCAACGAUGACUCAUCGGACCCGCAUGGGUGGUUGUUCACGGAUGUACAGGGGGACUUAGACAAGGAAAACACCAACGGGAAAAGUUACAGGAUCCCUAAAGUGGGCGGAGCUAGCAGGAGUAAGAGUGCGUUACAGAUGAGGAAAGAAGAGGGCGGGUCAGUCUUCUUGUCCUCAUUUCAAGAGAAACAACUCCAGCUUGAGGAGAGAAAGGAAAACACUGCUCCAAAGCCUGUCUCUGGUGUGCAGGCCUUCUACAGCAGAGGCCGCCAAGCUGCUGGAUAUACCGCAACAGAUGCACUCCUACAGCCAAGGCAAACCAACAUCAACACCACUGCAGCCAUCAAGCGGACUCCAGGCUUCCUCAGCCUACCCCGGCCCAAGAAGCCGUGCCUAGGCAAUACGUACAUGGGCUGGAGCCAGAGAAAUAUCCCAACGGCCGUCAAGACAUCUCAGUUAUCCCUACAAGGGUUUUCUAAUUUAGGUAACACCUGUUACAUGAAUGCCAUCCUGCAGUCCCUGUUUGCCUUGGAUCGCUUCACAAUGGACAUACUAAACGGAAACCUCCUGUCACACAUGCAGAGAGAUAGUCUCUACAAGGCAUUAGCUUCCCUGCUUUUUGCCAAGCAACGGAACCAGUCACCUGAUAGGGUUGGCACCCAGCUGCGACGAGUCAAGCAGGCGAUAUCCUCCACGGCUAAUCGAUUCUCUGGCUUCAUGCAGCACGACGCCCAGGAGUUUCUCUGCCAGUGCUUGGACCAACUCAAGGAUGACUGGGAGAAGGCAAAGCAGAAGUUACAAGACACCCCUCCCGGCGACACCCCACAGACAGAGGGGCAGAAGGACCCUAAGGAUGCCCACCCGUGCCCCGUAGUCAAGAACUUUGAGUUUGAGGUCAUGCAUUCCAUCGUCUGUAAGCAGUGCGGGGAGGUGGUCACAAAAGCAGAACAGUUCUAUGACCUGUCGCUGGACAUGCCCAGAAGAAGUUCCUCCAACCCCAUCGGAUCUAUUCAGACAGCAAUGGAGCAGUUCUUCCGAGCGGAAGUCAUUGAGUACGCAUGCAGUGAGUGCAACUGCAAACAAGCGACAGUCACUCAUACCUUCACUAGGCUACCCAGGGUAAUCAUCAUUCACCUCAAGCGUUACCGGUUUGACAUCGACGCUGUUCAGAAUUCCAAGUUGCGACGUCGCAUUCACAUACCCAAAUACCUGUGCAUGCACUAUCACUGCACCAAGGCAACCCAAGGACCGACGUCUCAGGCAAAGUCAUUAAUCAACGGGUCCCUGAGCCCUCAACGACCGCUGAGUGGGGACAGAACUCUCCGGCCCGUUAUGGGACUGGUGGACGGCAAUGCAUCGGCGACCAGCCAAUCAGGGAAGCCGUCUCGUUUCAACUUCAGCUCCUCCUCACGAAAGCGGUUGGAGUACAGUGCUAGUAAUGCGGGCAACCAGCCUAGACAGACUAUUCUCUUGGACAGCCUACCAGACUCAGACACUGAUGAGACCCAACGAGCCCUGGAGAUGAGCAAGAGGGAGGCAGAAAAGGCGGAGCUUGAAAAGGAAAAGAGGCGGGAACAGGAGGAGGAAGAACUGAAGAAGGCGAUGGAGCAGAGCAAACAGGACGCCGAUCGGCCCAUCACUGAGAUGUCAGAAGAGCAGCAGCUGGCAUACGCCCUGGCCAUCAGCACUCAGGAUCCCCUCCGAAUGCCUGACGCAACUCCUUCCCUAGGCGAGGAUAUCCCAGACAGUCCCCAGGAAAUAAGGAGCGAAGGAAAUUUGUCGGACAUCGAUGAUGAGGAGUUUAUAUCACUGAAGAGACGGGGGGCCUGUGAUGCCAUCCACGCUGUGGAUAAUGUCCUCUUACAGGGCGCAUCAGGGGACCAUUUAGGUGUGGACUCACGCGCGAAUGGAACUCCUUGUAAGCGGUUCAAAGGGGAUGGGAUGACGUCCUAUCAAAGCACUCCUUCUGAGCAUGCUCUGUGUGCGGGUGAUAAUGAAGCCGACCUCAUGGGCGACACGGAAUGUCUUCUCGACGGCAACAGGACGAAGCCACACCGAUGGCGCACGGCGAAAAAAGCCAUCAUCAACUUCUUCACCCCUGUCAAGCGGACUCCAAACAAAAGUUCCUCCUGUCUUGACAAUGACUUGGCAGCCACCCCUAUCUCAGCAGUCAAGCCAACUUUGCUAGAGGCCACUAUUGUGGACAUAAUCAGGGACGAGGACCACAGCACUUUGCCAGUAGGGGUGAAUGGUGACGCAAGGCCAAGCUAUGAGGAGCUGAAAGCUAAAGAGGAUGAGGAGCUGCGGAGGGCAACUGAGCUCAGUUUGCAAGAUGCUCAAGAAGUUGCUAAGAAGGAGGAGGAUGCGUUGAAACAAGCUAAGCAGAUGAGCUUACAAGAGUUUUCCGAGAGCUUCACUUGUCUUGAAGAUGAUGAGGACACAAUUGAGCCGAUGGAGAUUGAGGAUGAAUCAGAUGACGAUACGACGAAAGAGCUGACCAAGAAUGCCGAGAGUGGUCACCUACCGUCAUCUUACCGCCUGACCAGUAUCGUCAGUCACAUCGGUAGUACCUCCUCGGUAGGGCAUUACAUCAGUGACGUCUACGACAGUAAAAAGUCCUCUUGGUUGAGCUACGACGACUCAGAAGUGGUCCGCAUAACCGAAUCAGCAGUCCGCGAAGAACGGGAAAGGACGGGCUACAUCUUCUUCUACAUUGCUAAAUGAAUUGACCUUUGACACAUGAAGGACAGAGCAGAUUCGAAGGAGGGUAUACUUUGGUUUGGGGCAAACAAACUAUUUUGCACCAUUUUAACCUGGACAGAAAUUCAGUACCAAUGUGCAGCUGUUUGGGGUUUUUUUUGAGGCAAAUGAGAGACUUGGAACUCGCUAGGUUUGGAAACCUAGUUCCAAAACUUAGGUAACUAAAGCCCACUGCACACCUUUCCGUUUUUAUCAGAUCACUGGAUUACCUAUACGUCUUUUUUUUUUCACCAUUAACCUGCCCACAUGCCCGAUUCUGUUCUAUAACCGGUCACAUGAUGAUCAAUCACAUGAUGACAAAAUGGCAGCCGUCAUUAGUGAAUCAUGUGACUUCCUUUGUGAAUCUGAUUGGUUAACAUAACUAUUGCGUCCGGUGAAAUCGGAGUGCUUCUGGCACACCUUUCCGGUGACGUCAGAUCUGGUGAAAUCAAAUGCGAAAAAAAUCAAACAUGUUUGAUUUCAUCCGGUCUUCCGAUGUACAAUCAGAUCGGUCCGAUUUUCGGCGCACACCUCUCCGAUCUGUGCAACGGAUGGCCCAAUGAUCCAGUGAAUAGGUAAAAUCAGAAAGGUGUGAAGCGGGCUUAAUUUCAUGCAUUUUGCUCACCACCGAAAUUUUGGCGUGUCAAAAAAGGGUUACCAGUCACAAUUUCAGGUACUGUCUGUGGCAUUUCACUGGUUCCCAACUGAUUUUUGCCAAGUAUGAGAAAAAUAGUAACUCGUUGGAGAUGCUAAAUGCACAUGGGCUGUGUGCAGAACAAAUGUAGCUUGGCAAGAAAGAAAGGUUACAAGCAAAAUUAUGUGUGGUGUUUUACUUGCACUUCCAUCCCAUGUCAGUAAAGUGAGGCUACACAAAGGACUUGGAUGUGGCCGGUUCCGACCAGUUCUAUCCUGUUGAAUUCAGUCAAAACCAGCUCUGCACACACCCUGUUUUCCCCCACAUUUCUUGCUGAUGGUCAUUAAUUAUCAAGUCCUUAAGUACACAAUCCAUUGCCCAUCACAGCAAAGUACUCUGUGGUCACUGUCGACCAUCCAGGAUAAAAAAUGUAAGCAAUGCGGAAAGAGGCAGUUCAGGUCAGAUACAACCAGUUCUGGUUGGUUGCAACCAGUUCUGACCGGUUCUGUCCAUUCGCACUGCUCUCUUGUUAAACAUUAGCAGUGUCAUUAAUGAACAACUUGUGUUUGGCAACAGCACUUUGUCAAAAGUAAUGCAUCUUCUAUCAACAUCCAUCUUAAGUGUAUGUGCUCUUCAUAGUUGAUUUGAUUUUAACGAUUCAUCACAGCUCUCGCGGGCACUGAAUGAACACAUUGACUUGGCAUUUUACAAAAAUUCUUGACUUGUAGUUUCAACAAAUGCAAUUUUCUUUAAUGUGCUUUACAAACUUAUUUCUUAUUUCAAAAUCAAAGAAAAAUUAUCAUUCACAAAUAAUAAUGCAAUAAAAAAUUGAAGUACAUGAGUUUGCAACGAUAAAAUAAGGUGUUUUUUUCCUCAAAAGAAGGGACAAAAAAAGAAAUUAUUAUCUUCAACCCUAUUACCGAUUCAUAUCUCGCAGUUACUUUUAAGUUUACAUGUAUGAAUUUUACUGUUUCAAUUCGGAUGACACUUAACAAUUUAUGGAUAAUUUGUGAAGAAAACAAAAGACAACAAAAUGUCUAAUGAGGUUAUGUACAAACAUUCAAAUUACACUGUUGUAAGUAAACCAGGUCAUUCUGUUCACUAGAUCAUUCCGUUCACUUGGAACAGAUGCAGAUGUAAAAUAACUAUACACAUUAUUUUUUUCAAAACUUGACAUUCGCACAAAACCAUGUUUAUUCUGUAACUGAGAGGAAUGUUUUAAAAUAUCUCUCGUUUUGUAUUU